CAGUCAGUGCAGUGUACCACUUGCUUGGUGUCUGUCGAUAAAAAAUUGUUCAAUGUUUUGAUGAAUGACGGGCCUUCUUGGCUGCUUGCCGCGGAGAGAGAAGCACCUCCGCAGAUUGGGCCAUUACUCCAGGAGCUGGCGUACAUACUUUUCUUGUGGUGGAACAUUUCGCACUGGCACCAACAUUGCUCUUGUCGAGCCAAAUAGGCACACGGCCUGCCGCUGAAUUUAGACCACAUACUGUCAGAAACCUAGAAUUGGAGACGUCCCAAAGGCUGUUCCCACUGUUUCUAGUCCUCCUGGGUGCAAGAAGGCUCCAUGGCAGCCCCUGCACGGCAUGCCCACUUGGAUAGCUACCUUGGCAAAUCCUACAAUGUCAGUGGCACAGUCGUGUUUGUCCAUAAAAUUAUUGCCGAAGGUGGCUAUGGGAUCGUUUUCCUGGCGAAAAGCACGAGCAAUUUCAAUGAGCCAGGUGCUAAAUGCUGGGCCCUCAAGCGGGUCCUGGUGAACAAUCAAGAGGAUCUGCGAAAUUGUCAAAGGGAAAUUUUCGUCAUGCGGACGAACCGCAGCAACCCGAACGUCGUGCGCCUGGAGCAGUCAGCGAUCAACAGCCAGGGUGGUGACAUCCACGAAGUGCUCAUGCUGAUGGAGUUCUGUACCUCUGGCAAUCUGCUGGAGUUGAUGAACCAACAUUUUUCGGAGGGACGUAAGUUGCCGGAACCCCAGGUGCUUCGCAUUUUCUACGAUGUGGUCAAAGCUAUUGCCUCGCUGCACCAAUCGGAGACGCCAGUUAUUCAUCGAGACUUGAAGGUGGAGAAUGUCCUAAUUCAAGGAGAUCUGUAUAAGCUGUGUGACUUUGGAAGCUGUACACGAACAACCGUUACGCCUUCGUUGGAAAAUGUGCAUGGUAUCGAGGAGGAUCUACAACGCUUUACGACAUUAUCCUAUCGAUCUCCUGAAAUGGUUGACCUCUACUCAAACAAGACGAUAGGCACCAAAUCGGAUAUCUGGGCAUUGGGUGUGAUGCUAUAUAAGAUGUGCUUCUUCACGCUGGCGUUUGGUGAGAGCAUGGUGGCAAUCAUGGAGGGGAACUUCAAGCUGCCCGAGAACUCGCCCUAUUCCCGAUCGCUCCACUCUCUAAUCUGCUAUCUACUGACCGUGGACGCGGACGAGCGGCCGGAUAUCUUCCAGGUGGCAUACGUCGUUAGUAACAUGACCCAGCUGCCACUGACCGUCAAGAAUAGCUUUAACUCGCCCAUUCCCACUCACUUGCCCGAUCCGCCUCCACUGGGACAGAAGCGUCACGAGCGCAAACAGUCUUUGCAAGCUCAGAAUGCGCAGACGGUGACGCAGACGUCGCUCACGCCCCGCCAGCGUCCCAAAGCCAAUCCCGGUGGCAGCGGCAAUGCACCCAGCAGCACGGCAGCAGCACACGUCCCGUCCGCAGCAGCGGCACCGGCUACGGCGCCAGCUGCCGUCGACGCGUUUGGCGCCAGCACGUUUGCGCCUGCGACUGCUGCUGUCGCAACCACCGCCGGCGCUCCACUUCAGUCGGCCGCCGCACCGGGAGCGAUGCGUCAUCGCCGUGUCCCCGUCGGCUCUGUCAGGUCCAAGUCAACUGGACCGCCGUCAUCAUCGACGUCGUCCCAGUCGGCAGCAGCAGUGGAUGCGUUUGGUGCGCCGGCCUUCGGCAUCGCUCCUGUGCCAGCAGCAGCACCGUCAUCGGCGGCGUCUCAGUCCGCCGCCGGUGCACAGCCGGUGUCAGCCACACGGUCGCGGCGCUCCAAGUCCCCCAGCGUCGGCUCGGUCAUGUCCAGCGACUCGUUUGAUCCGCGCGGUGGUGCUGACGACAGGAUGGACGCGCCGUGCAAUCCGACCGUGUCUAUUGCGGAGGAGGCUGCUGUCGACCCGUUCGGUGCGGCCGUCUUCGCACCCCCAACUCAUUCCGCGCCUCCGUCUGUUUCCAUGGCUUCGGGCAGCAGGGAUAUGUUUGACUUAACGCCGUUCGGCGAGCAAGCACCUGCAGCUCCUUCAGUUGUGUCGCAGCCAUCAUCGCCUCGCGCCACCAGCCCGAUUCCCCACGCUGCUGUCGCCAUCAAUGUUCCGGCCACCGCGCCAGCCCGGGCUGCUACCAACAGCGAUCCGUUCAACAUGUCCUCGUUUAGCAGCAGUCUGGACAGUGGCUCGGGCUCGGGCUCUGCUGCUGGGGGAAUGCCGCCACCGCAGCAGCAGCAUCAGCACCAGGCAGUGGAUGCGUUUGGUGCGCCGGUCUUCCAGACCAACACUAGGGCGGUGACCGGUCAUCGGCGCGUGUCCUCCGACGUCACCGGCGUGCUCUUCCACUCGGACCCGUUUGACGCCGCGCCCUUCAACCCCGCGCCACAACCGGCUACGUCCAACGUCAACAGCUUUGCGAGCGGCGCCAUUGGCAGCAGUUCCACUGCAGGCGCACGGUCAGAUAACGGCCUGAUGGGGUUCGGCGGCUCGCAGAAUACACACACGUUGCCUGCCUUUUCGCAGCACCAGCACCAGCAGCUGCAUCCGCGUACAGCGCCGUCUUCGCCCAUUCCUCCUGUUGGCGGUGGUGUAGCGUUCCCCGGUAUUGUCAACACCGCCAACUCCACCGCUGCCGACAUGUCGUGGACCGCCAAACAGCAGGAGCUGCUGCGGCAGAAGGAGAAGCUGGAGGAGCGGCAGCGCGCCCUGCUGUUGCAGCAGCAGGAGCUCGCUCGCCAGCAGACUCAGCUGGCUCACAUGCAGUGUCGUGUCGGCACGCCCACUCCCCCCGGCCAGAUGAACGGCCAGGUGUUUGCCAACCCGAUGGCGCAGCAGGGCCGCAGUCCGCAGCCAGUGAUCAAGUUUGCCCACGCGUCGUCGCUGUCACCGAGUGGUGCUGCUCUCACCGGUGCAGCCAUACAGCAGCAGCAGCAGCACAAGCAGAUGCACAACGCCUCCUCGCCUGUAUUCCAUCGCAGGCAGUCGCCCACGUUUCCAUUGCACGGUCCAACCGGACCUCCUCUGGGUGACGUUUUUCGGUGAGCACCGUUGACCUGCCGUCGGCCAAGUCCCUUGUUUGUAGGCUUAUUCCUUAGGUAGGUUCGUUAGCUGAGCCCGUCCUUACGGUGUAGAAAGCUGAUGUGCAUGUGUGAACGCUCCGCAAGAAACAAGCUUGUGAUCAGCACCGUUCCUGACCACCCACACUGUCACCGGCACUGGACUCCACUUGAGAUCCCGAUGGCGAUUUGAUACGUAUGUAGACGUGUGUGCGCCUGCGCACCUACACGCGUGUGACCUGGGCGUGCGAACACAGACGCUUACCCGCUGCCGGCCCGUCCAGCAGCCAGGCUUGGCGAGAGCACCCACUCUACUACUACUACUACUACUACUACUACUACUACUAUUGCCGCCUGUGUACACUUCUCAGUGGAGAGCACCUGGCAUUACUCUGUGACAAAUCACCCCGUGUGUGUCCUGCCCCCCCCCCCCCCCCAACCAACCCCGAUAGAAUUUUUUUCUCGGUAGCCAAGUAUUUUCGUUUUUAUCUGUCCAUCGCUGGACGUAAAGUAUAAUUAUUAUCAUGCCGGUGCCUCUAACGCUGUUCUGUGGUGUGAUUUUCUCCGCUGCCUUGCCUCCGACGAGACGAGAAUGCAGCCAAUAUUGUUUAGCUUACCGUCUCUGCUGUGCUUACCAAGCUGUCGUUAACCGUGUUCUGUCUCCUUUUUCUUUCUUUAUGGAGCUAUUUAUUUUUUGCCAGAUGCUAUGAAACGAGAUGGAGUUUUUGUGUGUGAGUGUUACCUUUUUUAUUCACCUGUGUGUGUGUGUGUGUAAGUGUUUGUCCGAGAUGUCCCCGCUGGUAUUAUUAUGGCAAGAGAUCGCUGUUUCUCUCUUCCUUUCUUUUUUCGUUUUUAUCGUGGCGUGAAGUGUGGACGUGUCAAUUCGAGUCGUGUGCGAGAGAGUACGAACCUGAGUGUGUACAAUGUACUGCGGCCAUCCGCAUGCGUGUCACAUAUCGGCUUACUCUCCCUGGUGCUGCGAUAGCUGCCCACGGUCUUGCAUUCAUCGGUUCCGUCAGGUGCGUGCUCGUGUUUUGUUUGUCCAAAUAUUCUAUUCCUAUUUCCGGAUGGUAUUCUUUUCCUGCCUCGUGAUUUUGUCCAUCCACCACCCCUAUGCUGUGCAUGGGAGUGAUUCGCACCCUGUUCUUUGCUCACUCACUCUCGCAUCCUUUCUCACGUUCUUUCUCUCGUUCUGCUGGGUAUCUGGCACGAGCAGCGUGCAGCUGUGCUUUUUCUGGCCUCGUUUAUGUUGUCGUCGUUCAGUUUUGACGCGUCGUGCAUGUGUAUUUAACGAAAUGUUUUGGCAGUGCCUCCUGCACUCCUCUC